ACUAUCAACUCUGCAGAGCAUCUUUGAUGAAUUUGAAGAAUUACGUGCGCGCAAAACUGAAGUAACUUACAUUGUAAUCGGUCUGUUAGCCUUUUGCUCGCUCUACACUUGUACUAAUCGCGGUGUCUUUUUCCAUAUCAUACUCUCCAACGAUACGCUCGUCACACAGACUGCCCUCAAUCUUUUGUUAUUCUUCGUCGUGCUGUGGGUCUAUGGGCGAGUGCGUUUCCAACGCGAUAUUGAAUUUAUGUUAGGUCAAACAUUUUCAACAUGGAAGAUUUAUAUGCUGCGCUUUGUUUCACCUCUGUGUCUUAUACUGCUAUUGUUAGGAACACUAUUCAUAGCUGUGGUGCAUCACGAUUUCGGUACAAUUGUUCUACAAAUCGCUGCGCUUCUAUUUAUAGUCCUACCCUGGCUAUAUGUACCGGGUUAUAUGAUCUAUAUAAUGCUACAAACUACGGGGACAUUCAAGACGCGUUUUAAGCGCUGCUGUCGUCCGAUGGACUGGUAUCCGGUGGAAUUAGUGGACCGACAACGCUAUGAGGAAGCAAUGCGCAAUACAGAUGCGACACACCAAUUGAGUCAUGAUGAAACGGAGAUUUAGUUUUAGUGAAAUGAAAAUAUUUAAAUUUAAAUUUGUAUAAAAGGAAUGUUCAAAUGAUAU